AUGACUUGGAGCUUCUUGCCACAUUUACUUUGCGAGUACUUUACAGAAGAGCAAGCAGGUUAUCGUGCUGUCUUGUCGUGUGAAGCUAGAGAACCAGCUUUCGUGCACUUGCCUCGAUUGAGAAGGCAGAAGAGUCUCUACCAGCUGAUUUGCGCAAGGUUCAUGCCUUCCGAACUUGUGCAUCACUUGUGGCUUUGGCUGCGCCGAGUUCAGAGCUGCACGCUCAGCGCAGGGUGGCUCACAAUCGGCUUUAUGGAGGUGGUGGCCGAAAUCCGCAUGCAGAUGAAAGCUUUGGGCUUCGAGGCGGACAACACGACCAUCUACCAGCUCAUUAGUGAUAUGGACACUGAUGGCUCUCAGAAUCUGGAAUUUGAGGAAUUCGUGAAGAUAUUGCAGGAUAUGGAUAUUCACUCUGUAAGGUAUGCAACGAGGGACAACAUGCAGGAGGUCUUUGACUUUCUUGAUGACCUGGAGCCUCAGAGAAGGGACAAGAAGAUUGACUCUUCCAACUUGAAGCGCAUCGCACAAGUGCUUGGGGAUCAGAUCUCUGAUGCGGAGAUAGAUGUCAUGAUCGAAGAAGCAGACCGCGGUGGAAAGGGAUAUGUGACUGCAGAGGACUUCUAUGUGAUGAUGGCUGCUGAAGCAAGGAGGAUGAAAGAGCAAAAGGAUGUGCACCCCCAGCCGGAAGACAAAUUGGAGAGACGACACUCAAGCAAGGCAUCCCAGCGAUGGAAGAAGGCCCUGAUCAGUGACAAAGUCGACAGCGUGCUCGGGGAGUGGAAGCAAUCAUCAGAGAAACAGGCCCAGGCGGCUGAAGAAAAGAAGUUCCACAAGACGAGGGCCUCGCUGACUGUUGUCACAGACGCAGAUGGAAGGUCCUCCAGCAAGAAGAAGGAAGCAGUCUCACACACGCAGGCUCGCAAUCGAUCUGGCAGCAGGGACGGUGGACAAAAGAGGAGGCCUAGUGAGGAUGGUGGACACAAGAGAAGACCAAGUGGCCAGGAAGCUAGGUCCGCCAGCCCCGCCAACAGCCGAAAGUCCACCUAG